AAUCUCCCGCAGAUGCGCUUCACGGAGAGGUGCGUUUGGUGCGGCGCCGCACCAAACGGGCCCCAAUCAGCAGGGCCGUGCCCAUCGCCGGAGGAGCUCCGUGCCGUGCUGCCGUUUGGCACACCGAUCUCCGGUCCGGCGGUCUGUCCAUGGACCCGUAUGGUGGUGGCGCUGGCACCCCGAACCCCCGAGUGCUCUGAAACACACGCGACGCGAGCGCAAGCCGGCUCGGGCGAGAGAACCUGAACAACGAAAACGCGAGCAGAGCCCUCCGCCGGCCGCCUCCGCGGCGCGCGUUCAGGCCGAGCCGCGCACGGCCAAAAGCCCCAAACCCCUGGUGCAGGCGGACGCGCCCACCGAAAACACGCCGCCCCUUCCCCGCCUCCCCCUCCCUUCUCGUGCUCUCCCCGCCACGCCAUCCUAGGAGCCAAAACGGCAGCGCUGUAUCAUCCGACGCCGCGGCCGAUGGAGUUCGCCGCCGGGGCUCGGGUGGCCCCGCGCCCGGCGACCGCGGUUGGUUUUCUUCCCGCCCGCGACCGCCGGGUGGGCGGGGGAGCGAUCGGGAUUGGCUGGCCCCGCCGCGCUGCCGCGCCGAAGCUCUCGCUGCCUCCCGCCGUCGCGAGACGAGCGGUCUCCGCGGCGGGAGGAGGAGGCCACCUGCUUCCCAGGUGCUUCGUCGCUCGCCCGGCAGGGGGCAGCGAUGGUGGGUUCCGCCGCGAGGCUCCGGCGCGCGCGUCCCCGCCGGAUGCCGCGGAGGGUGCAACUACUGCGCGAAAUUCAGUCAGCGAUCAUGCUGAAGGAAUUAGGAGGGAGCUCAUGAAUCUGGCCGUACCUGCCAUAGUUGGGCAAGCAAUCGAUCCUGUGGCGCAGUUAAUGGAGACAGCAUAUAUUGGCCGCCUAGCCGCUGUCGGUGUGUCAGUAUUCAACAUCAUAUCAAAGCUCUUCAACAUACCCCUCCUAAGCAUCACGACUUCAUUCGUAGCUGAAGAUGUGUCAAAACAUGAUUCUUCACAGCCUGCUUCAGUUGCAGGUGAGCUGGAAGUGGUGUUUGGCCACUUUUACCCCGCCGAUCCCGGUGCGGGUGAGGAGUAGGCCGAUGCGGUCUUGGUGGCGUCCUUUAGCAAGACGCCAUCAUUCCAUCGCUUUUUAUUUUAUCCGCUGCGCAUUCGUGUUGGGUGUCACAUUAAUCACUAAACUUUAUGGUUCAUGUACCUUUUCUAGUGAUCCUUGUGAGACUAAGACUCGUAUGUUGUG